AUGAAGAUCCUCAGCAGGGAAAUGAUGGAGUCCAACAGCUGUCCACAGCCAGGACACUGGAAGUCAGCGGAAAGCCUGAGGGUCAACAUUGACGAUAGCUCGUUCAUUGUAGAGAAAAGCCUUUUGGCUGAGAACUGUGAGUACUUCAGAGCAUUGUUCCAGUCAGGGAUGAGAGAGUGCCAACAGGGAGAGAUCCAGCUGCAGUGUGUAGGGCUUCUGGGCUUUGUGGUCCUGCUGCGGGUCCUGGGCGGGGAGCAACCUGUGCUGAGCAGCGACCAGAUCGUGGAAGCCAUCCAGUGUACGGCUUUUCUGCAGGUGCCGGCUCUCACCGAGCACUUGAUCAAUACCAUCAAUUCUGAAAACUGCCUACUCAUGUACCACACAGCUGCCACCUACGGGGUGUGGGAGCUCUCCCACAGUUCCGCCUUAUUCAUCAGAGAUAUGUACACUGACCUGAAGGAGGAUGUCCACACCUUACCCAGCAAGCUGCUAGAGUACAUAGAGUCCCUUCUCCCGAGCAGCUACAUGGCAGUGUGCAGCCACUCGCCAACCACUGAGCUGCUGCAGGACGUCCAGAGGAGUGUCUGCUACCUGGACGAAGACAGUGGACAGUGGAAGUUCCUGACACAUCUACCUGCCAGCACCAGCACCACCAUGGCAGGCGUGGCCGUCCUGGACAACAACCUUUACAUCAUCGGAGGAGUGUAUGAUGUAAGCAAGAAGGUAGUAGAGACGGGUUUCUGUUACAACCCUGCAGCCAACACAUGGUCCACCAUCUGCGGCUCCCAGCAGCUGCGCUACAACUUCACUCUGAUAGGUCACAAGGGCUGCCUCUACGCUCUCGGAGGGGAGUACAACAGGAAGGCCCUGUCGUCUGUGGAGAGAUACAGGGUGUCUAAUGGAAGCUGGGGUUUUGUCUCCCCCCUUCCAUCCCCUGCAGCCUCAGUGGUGUCGGCUGUAGCCAUGAACAGAAUCUUCAUCUGUCUCUGGAAAGGUAAGGGGGCCACAGAUAUACACGAGUAUGUGUCUAAACGGGACCAGUGGCUUCUGGUCACCACGCUCAUCCGUACGCACAGCUAUGGUUUUUAUAUGGUAGCCCAUAAGGACAAUCUGUAUGUGAUGCGCAAUGGGCCCUGUGAGGACUUCUUACUGUGUGUGAUGGACUGCUACAACCUAAGUUCAGGCCAGUGGACGGCCGUGUGUGGCCAGUACGGGAACAGUAAAGGCUCUCUGCUCACUGCUGUGGUCAGAGGAGAUUCUGUGUUCACACUCAGCCGUCAGGUGACCACAGAGUAUACUGUAGAGGAUUACCAAUGGAGAGUAAAGCGUGAGAUGUGCGGUUUUGGCAGGAUUGGAUCCAUAUAUACAUUUCUGAUGAGGCUGCCUAAAGCCACUGUCUCCCCUAUAGGAAAUUUUACAGAUCUGACUCGGGACAAAAACCUCAGAGACAGUCCCACAUUCUCCCCACAAUGCUCUGAUAACCUGUAA